ACAUGCAUGAGCCACGUGACUGGCCUCUUUAUGGAUGUUUGAUGCACAAGGUCUCACUAUGUAGCUCCAACUUGGUGAUAUUCCUACCUUAGCCUACAGAGCACAGAGAUUUUAGGGUAUGAACGUGAUUUCUGAUGAAACCAGAUUGGAAUAAUUUUCAUGAUAUUUGUAUAUAUAUAUAUUUUAAAAUUUUACAUUUGACUUAAAGUGCCAUGAGAAAAUUUGCAUACUGCAAGGUGGUCCUGGCCACCUCCCUGGUUUGGGUCCUCUUGGACAUGUUCCUGCUGCUCUACUUCAGUGAGUGCAACAGAUGUGAUGAGAAGAAGGAGAGGGGACUUCCUGCCGGGGACGUUCUAGAGCCAGUACAGAAGCCUCAUGAAGGUCCUGGAGAAAUGGGGAAACCAGUAGUCAUUCCUAAAGAGGAUCAAGAAAAGAUGAAAGAGAUGUUUAAAAUCAAUCAGUUCAACUUAAUGGCAAGUGAGAUGAUUGCACUCAACAGAUCCUUGCCAGAUGUUAGGUUGGAAGGGUGUAAAACAAAGGUGUAUCCAGAUAACCUUCCUACAACAAGUGUGGUGAUUGUCUUCCACAAUGAGGCUUGGAGCACACUUCUGCGGACUGUCCAUAGUGUCAUUAAUCGCUCACCAAGACACAUGAUAGAAGAAAUUGUUCUUGUAGAUGAUGCCAGUGAGAGAGACUUUUUGAAAAGACCUCUAGAGAGUUAUGUGAAAAAACUCAAAGUGCCAGUUCACGUAAUUCGAAUGGAACAACGAUCUGGGUUGAUCAGAGCUAGAUUAAAAGGAGCUGCUGUGUCUAAAGGCCAAGUGAUCACCUUCCUAGACGCCCACUGUGAGUGCACAGCAGGGUGGCUGGAGCCUCUCUUAGCCAGGAUCAAACAUGACAGGAGGACAGUGGUGUGUCCUAUCAUCGAUGUGAUCAGUGAUGAUACUUUUGAGUACAUGGCAGGCUCUGAUAUGACCUACGGUGGUUUCAACUGGAAGCUCAAUUUUCGUUGGUAUCCUGUUCCCCAAAGAGAAAUGGACAGAAGGAAAGGUGACCGGACUCUUCCCGUCAGAACACCUACAAUGGCAGGAGGCCUCUUUUCCAUAGAUAGAGACUACUUUCAGGAAAUCGGAACAUAUGAUGCUGGAAUGGAUAUUUGGGGAGGAGAAAACCUAGAAAUGUCCUUUAGGAUUUGGCAGUGUGGAGGAACUCUGGAAAUUGUGACAUGCUCACAUGUUGGUCAUGUGUUUCGGAAAGCUACACCUUACACCUUUCCAGGAGGGACAGGUCAGAUUAUCAAUAAAAAUAACAGACGGCUUGCAGAAGUGUGGAUGGAUGAAUUCAAGAAUUUCUUCUAUAUAAUUUCUCCAGGUGUUACGAAGGUAGAUUAUGGAGAUAUAUCAUCGAGACUUGGUCUGAGACAUAAACUACAAUGCAAACCUUUCUCCUGGUACCUAGAGAAUAUUUACCCUGAUUCUCAAAUUCCACGUCACUAUUUCUCAUUGGGAGAGAUACGAAAUGUAGAGACAAACCAGUGUCUAGACAACAUGGCUAGAAAGGAGAAUGAAAAAGUUGGAAUUUUCAAUUGUCAUGGUAUGGGAGGGAAUCAGGUUUUCUCUUACACUGCCAACAAAGAGAUUAGAACAGAUGACCUUUGUUUGGAUGUCUCUAAACUUAAUGGCCCAGUGACCAUGCUCAAAUGCCACCACCUAAAAGGCAACCAGCUUUGGGAGUAUGACCCAGUGAAAUUAACCCUGCAGCAUGUGAACAGUAACCAGUGCCUGGAUAAAGCCACGGAAGACGACAGCCAGGUGCCCAGCAUUAGAGACUGCAGUGGAAGCCGCUCCCAGCAGUGGCUUCUUCGGAAUGUUACCCUUCCAGAAAUAUUCUGAGACCAAAUUUUACAAAAACAGAAAACAAGGACUGACUGGGCUACCUCAGCGCACCUUUCUGCCACGUUCUCCCCUCCUCUGCGGGGUGUAAGGGUUAUCAGCCAUUAAAACUCAGACUUCUAGCUUUCCACUCGCUGUGAACUAGCCUUCCUGUCCCGGGACACGAGACUGCAGAGUGGAGGACUGUGCACACUGAUGUUUACAAGACUGAAGAGUCUUUCAUCCAGGAGCAUGGCGAAGAACAUCCAGGAGCCGGAUGGAGCAGCGGGUCGUGCUGUGCAGAGCUGCGCCUUCACGGCCUGCCUGCACGUCAGUGGUUUCUGCCGAGUGUGCUGUCAGGAUGGAGAGGUCUCCUGACUAGAACUGGUAGCCAGGAAAUUAAAUAUUGAAAACAACAUUUUUACAGUAAAAAACUAUAUUAAACAGGGUUUAAAGGAAAUUAAAACAGAACUAUGAGAAGUACAAUUUGUUAUAGCAUAGUAUCAGAUUUCUAUAUAGAUUUUAUACCUCAGUGGGAAAAUUGAUUCCAGUGACAUUCAUUCAUUUUCAUCUGUGAUGGUCAUGGAUGCUUUUAUUUUCCUUGGGGUGCUGAAAAUGAGCUGGGAGGGGGAAAAUCUCUUUGAACAUAGUUUUAAUUUCUUUCUACAAGAUUUUUUUUGGUUUGUGGGCUGCUGGAAUUGUAAUUUUUAAUUGCCUUCUUAAAAAGGAGAUUUACCAUGCCUGGUCUCAACUGAAUAAGUUAAAUAUCUGUUGCUCUUGGGUCAACUGGCUUACAGAGUCUCUCUCAGUCUGUCUCUCGCGCUCUCUCUCUCACACACACACCAGUUUGUUACAUUUUGGACUUGACUCCACUGAUGAUGCUCAAUACCCAAGACUCGUACUACUGUACUACAGAUUUGUUUCCACAGCAAUAAGUCUUCAGUUCUCUGAGUCCACCCAAGGAAAGGCCUGCAGGAGUGGUGGUCUAGCUGGUUAUUUGGAGAUAAUAUAUUUGAUGGUUUUUUUGGAAAACUUUUUUCACUCCACACACAGAUGUGCUUCAUUGUCAAGUGCAUAUUUAGAGUCCUGAAUUGUAAUGUUGAUUUGCUUUUUUAAAAAAAUAAAAUUUGACUGAAAAUGUUUAA